UUUCAUUGUACCCGCAAAUCCAAUCACGUCAGUCGUUUCGAGACUAAUAGUUGUAUUUUUGUUUCAUAAAACCAAAUUAUCAUCCUCAACUGCUGUAAUGUCUGCAGAUCAAACAUUCCAAGGAGUUGUCGACAGAUAUAAUGGAAUUACGGUGGACUCCAAAGAUGAACCUUGUGAUCAAAAUCAGUUUUUGACACAACUGAUAAUUUCUUUAAGAAAAUGGGAUGAUGAGCAAAAAAGAUGCAUUUGGUUCAAAGUUCACAUCAAAGACGCAGCAUGGGUGCCAGUACUUGCGAAUGAAGGAUUUAAUUUCCAUCACUCAAGAGACAACUUUGUAAUGAUGUACAAAUGGCUACUGAAGAAUAGGAAAGCUAACUUACCACCUGCGAGUCAUACUAACCUAGGAGUAGGAGGUUUAGUGUGUAAUGAUAACAAUGAAAUAUUAGUUGUGACAGAGAAACACUUUGAGUAUGCCCAUUGGAAACUGCCUGGUGGAUAUGUAGAAAGAGGGGAAGACAUCAAGCAUGCUGCAAUUAGAGAAGUGAAAGAAGAAACUGGUGUAGAUGCAGUUUUUGAAUCAAUGAUAACUUUGAGACACACACACAAUGCAAUGUUUGGUAAUUCAGAUAUUUACAUAGUGGUAAUGUUAAAAGCCAUAACAACAGAUAUAACUAAAUCAGAAGAAGAAAUCAAGGAUUGUAAGUGGAUGAAAAUAGAUGAAUAUCUGAAUCAUCCACAUGCACAUGAGUUCAACCGUUUUAUUGUAAAACAAGCUUUACAAUUAAAUGAAAACAAUAUAAAGUUAAAUCUUCUCAAAAGUAAUGUCACAAUUUCAAGUUGGUCCAGAGACAUAACUUCACUUGUUGUAGAUGUUUCAUCCGAACAUCAGCAGUAAAGGUUGUAAAAAACAUAAUGUAGUUGGAAUGAAUAUAUUAUGUAUAAUACUGAA